GUUCAUGAUUAGAGACAUUUUGUUGGAGCUAGUUAACAGCUGUUAAAUUUGAUGCCAAAUGAAUGAACUAAAAUGAACUAUUCAAAAACAUUUUAAACGUUUUGCACCGCAAUUUUAUAAGAUAAUUGACGUGUUUUACCUGAAUUACUAACGAAUGUGUAACCAAUGUUUUUUUUCACUGGGAACAUUUCGAUGCGAGCUGCUAAUAACUAACAGCGUAUGUUAAAGUCUUUUUAUAGGUGCCCACAGUUGAGAAAACGCAUAGUGUAAAAUCAGAAUGUUUUCUGCGAAAUAAUACAUAAUUGAAUUAAACAAUAAAAAAUUGGCACACCGCUGCAGUUAAUUUAAAACUGUUAUAGAAACAAAUAACUGUAGCAAAGCACACCACCCAAUCGUCAUUAAUAAAAUAAAAAAGGCGCAGACACACACACGCACGCAUACCCUCUCGAAAGGGCUAUAACAAUUUGACAAGGUAGAAGAAACAAUAAAUUGAUCUGCAUAAUGCCACCAAAGGAACGCAACAUAGCCAUGAUGGGCUACCGUUCAGUGGGUAAAUCAUCGCUCAGUAUACAAUUCGUGGAAGGCCAAUUCGUGGACUCGUAUGAUCCAACAAUCGAGAAUACAUUUACCAAGGCGACGCGCGUCAACUCGCAGGAUUAUCGGGUUAAGCUGGUCGAUACGGCUGGACAGGAUGAGUAUAGCAUAUUCCCAGUUCAGUAUAGCAUGGACUUUCAUGGAUACGUUCUGGUAUAUUCCAUAACCAGUCAAAAGUCCUUUGAAGUGAUCAAAAUCAUAUACGAAAAGUUAUUGGAUGUGAUGGGCAUGAAAUAUGUACCUGUAGUCUUAGUAGGAAAUAAGACGGAUUUGCAUCAGGAGCGCACAGUUUCCACGGACGAGGGCAAAAAACUAGCGGAAUCCUGGCGAGCCGCAUUUCUCGAAACCUCCGCCAAACAAAAUGAGUCUGUCGGCGAUAUUUUUCAUCAAUUACUCGUGCUAAUUGAGAACGAGAAUGGGAAUCCACCCGAGAAGAGCAGUUGUAUUGUAUCAUAAGUGCUUGGCAAAUGGAGGUCAGCGUUAAUAAUGUCGAAACUGUGAAGUUCUGGCCCAUACCACGGCGGCAUUGUUUCAUCUUUUAUAAAUAGUUUGUUUGGUCCGCGAAGAUGGGAAAAUUCUACAAACUACUAGCAAUAAGUUAACAGCAAAUUUAAACAAAUACAUAACAACUAACAAAUGUGUAGGGAUCCCAAGUGUUGCCUAGCACCGUUCGAGGUCAGACUUUAGCAACAAAAGCAGGUUUAAGUUAGUACUUUUUCACAACAACAAUUCAGUUAUAAAAUUUAUACGCAAACUUA